GUGUGUGUGUGCCUGCGUGUGUGUUGCAUCUGCAGUUUCUUCACUCAUUCACAGCUUGUUUCUAUAGUCUCUUCGUUCUGAUGACAACGGCCAAUUUUCCUGACGUGAUGAUGCCGUCGUACAACAAUCAGAGCUGGUCAGUUUUGUUUUUCAUUGUCUACGUGUGCGUGAUGGUCUUCAUCCUUCUCAAUCUGCUUCUCGCCGUGGUGUUCUCUUCAUUCCAAGACUUGGAGAAGACCAAGUUCAGGAAACUGCUUAUUCAUAAACGGAAAGUCAUCAUGCUGAUGUACGACCUAAUCACACGUGCCACAGGAGAAGAUGGCAUCACCUUUGAGCACUUUUCCGGUAUAAUGAAGUACUACAAGCCCAGAAUGGGUCGACGUGAUCUGCGAUGUGUGUACCUGUAUCUAGCACGUGGCAACUCUGAUCGUCUAAGGUAGUGUGUACUACUGUUGUGGACUGAUUGAAAUCCGAUGGGAUGACCGCGGCCGGUGCCCUUACUGCCUUACUGCCUUUUAGGCGCGUACAUGCACUGUAGUUCACGCAUACUCUGUAGAAAUGGACCAGCAGUGGUCGUCGCGGCUGCAAGGCCAGCACCUCGCGGCUGCAAGGCCAGCACCUUGUGGCCGCUUGACUUCUCAACGGAUUUCAAUGUCCACCUCAGUAGUAGGAGGGCUACACACAAGACCUUAUACGCAAGACCUUACACUGGGCUUCUGCUCAGGGUGGUUACAGCAAAUACACAUUAGCAGUGGCACUCUGUCUCCAUCUUCUAA